GGAAGGACUUUUCAAAAAUCUGAGUUACUUGUUUCAACUUUUCCACUCUUUCUCUAAAACUCAUUCACAUUUCUCUCUGCCUUCUUUCUACCAUUCCCUCAUAUUCUCUGGUUGCAUAUUGGUUUAGGUGCUGCCCAAACAUCUGCGAAGUAGAGAGCUUCAUUUCUACGGAACGUUUCCUUCAUUCCGACUGGUUAAUCGUUUUUCCUUCUCCUCCACUGUUUUUGGAACCCCGAGCAUGCCACUUUACUGAUUGCAUGCAACUGGUAGCUUGUCCUUUUGUUUUCUCUGUCCAUCCCAACUCUAAGAGCGGUUUCCAUCACAUUUUUUGUGGUUGUAGGGUAUGCUAUGAAGCUAACCCUUUUGGCAUCAGAUUUAGUUUUUGGGCUUAAGCUAUGAAGCCCAUAAGAAAAGAGCGAGAGACAGAGUCAAGAGGGAGGCUUUUAUUUCUCUAUCGGUGUUUUUUUAUUUGCUCUUCUUUUUCUUUGCAUUAUAUUGGGUGUUUCUUCAAAAACCUUAAAACUAAGGGAAAGGACGUGAAAGAGAGAAUUGUGCAAACCAAAUGCUCAGUCUGUGAUGAGCGAGAUCGGUGAAUGAGACACACCGAGAGAAUGAGUUAUUGGGAAUCUGAAAAUGAACGCUGGAACGGGAUAACAAUAUACAUGAAAGUCGAAUCUAGGGUUGCCGAAAAAGGGGAAAUCGAACAAGGGCCUGAAAUCUUAGGACAGUUGGACCUUAUGUUGAGGCAGCCAGGCCCAUAAGGCUAAGGGCACUGAGAUCUUUCUUCAUUCCGACUGGACACUGUUUAAGUCCUUGCUGUGAGGUACGGUUAGAGCAUUCUAGAAGAUUGUACUGCUCAACUCCAAGGGGUACUUUAUAAAAUUGGAGGUACUGCAUAGGGAAAUGCUGCAGGGUGAAACACCCAGAAAAUAGAGAGGCAGAAGGAUAGAAAGGCGGGUUCAGUUGGUUGAGGUCUGUCACCACCGCGAAGCACCAUGUGGAGGUUAAGGUCACCUCGAAUCUCUCAUCUGGUUGGUAGAUUGAGUCAAAUUAACGUAGUAAGUGAUGUGAAGGUGCAGCAGUAUCGUUGCUGUCAAACUCUAGUGUCGCCUCCUCCAUCGAGUUUCCAACAGACAAAAUGUGAUCCUCCUGACACCGUAGUGCCGAGGAGUUAUAUUGGGGAAAACGUAUCCAGAAAAGAUAAGACCAAAUAUCUUUACUCUACACUUCUUGAACUCAACGACAGUAAGGAGACUGUUUAUGGUGCUCUUGAUGCAUGGGUUGCGUGGGAGCAAAACUUCCCCAUCGCCUCAUUGAAAAAAAUAUUGAAUUCCCUUGAGAAGGAACAACAGUGGCAUAGGGUUGUGCAGGUAAUUAAAUGGAUGCUGAGCAAAGGGCAGGGGAUGACAAUGGGAACGUAUGGUCAAUUGAUACGAGCUUUAGAUAUGGACCAUAGGGUGGAAGAAGCCCACAAAUUCUGGGAAAUGAAAAUUGGUUCUGAUUUGCAUUCAGUUCCUUGGCAAGUAUGUCAUGUCAUGAUAUCUGUAUAUUACCGAAACAACAUGCUGGAAGAUCUUGUUAAGCUUUUCAAGGGGCUGGAAGCUUUUGAUCGAAAACCGCGGGACAAAUGUAUCAUACAAAAAGUGGCAAAUGCAUAUGAGAUGUUAGGCUUAGUUAAAGAGAAAGAGAAUAUACUGGCAAAGUAUAGCCAUCUCUUCACAGAGGAAGGACCAACUAAACCGCAUAGAAGGAACUCAUUUGAGUCAAAGAAAGAUAUGCAUCUUACCUCAGACAAACCACGUCAAAGGCAAUCUAGAAAUACUUCGUCUGAGGAGAAAUAGAAGUCAGAUGUUAUUCUUUCACAUCGAUAAAAUUGUUCGGUUAAGGUUAAAACAGUGCAAGACCAAAGUUUUCAGAGUUCAGCUGCACUCCUACGUAAAAACUCGUUUCAGAAGAAAUGCUUAGUUAUUCCUGCCCAUCCGUUGGAUAUUCUGAAGAAGCUGUUUGGUUUUUUGACUGAUGCGAUUCUGCUAAUUCUGUCGCUGGAAAAACAAAAAGAUUCCUAGCUGGAUAUUACAUACCAUGUGUACUAUUUUCUAAUGACUUGAUGUUAUCUUGGUAAUGUAGCCCCAUGUGUGGGAAGCCUAUCAAAGAUAGAAGUUCGCGUCACCUUGGGGAAACGGAACCAAACUUAUCGCUGCACUAGACGUCAAAAGUUGUUCCAUGUUAUAAAAUAGUUACUUCUUUUUGUUUGGAUAGGUUAAUUUAGGCAAAAGAAAUGAGAAAAAGAAGUUGUUCCAAGUUUGGUGCACGAUUUAUAGUUUAACUAGUAAUGCAUUCCAAGUUUGGUGCACGAUUCAUGGUGAAUUUUUUUUAUAUCAUGAUAGCCCUGCUGCACAUUUUUUGGCUAUUGGUUUUUCCCAGUAACUAGUUUAUGUGUCAUGAUACCUGGUUUCUUCAAAAAUCAACUUAAGAGUGACAAUAUAUUUGAGGUUUAUGUGUCC